GCCGCCUGGAAAACCAUUAAUUACGAACAAUAUAAGAGAUAAUACGACUCGAUAUAAUCGGCAAAGACCUAGGCGACGAAUAUAGGAUCAUGAUUGGAAGCUUGGAACAUGGAACUGCAAGUCGCUAGGUUUCGCAGGUUGCGACAGGAUGAUCUACGAUGAAUUACAUCCCCGCAACUUCGACGUCGUGGCGCUGCAGGUGAUUUGCUGGACAGGACAGAAAGUGUGGAAAAGCGGCUACCUUCUACCAAAGCUGUGGCACCACCAACGAGCUGGGAACCGGCUUCAUAUUGCUGGCAUCAUCAACGUGCACUGCCCACACGAAGGGAGACCCGAUGACGAGAAAGAAGCGUUCUACGCACAGCUGGAGCAGACAUACGAUGGAUGCCCACUGCGGGACGUCAAAAUCGUCAUCGAUGACAUGAACGCACAGGUAGGAAGGGAGGAAAUGUAUAGACCGGUCGUCGGACCGAAUAGUCUGCACACCGUAUCGAACGACAACGGCCAACGAUGCAUAAACUUCGCAGCCUCCCUCGGAAUGGUAGUCCGAAGCACCAUAUUUCCCCGCAAAAAUAUCCACAAGGCCACAUGGAGAUCACUUAACCAAGAAACGGAAAACCUAAUCGACGGUAAAUUCUUCUCCGACAUCACGAACGUACGCACUUAUCGCAGUGCGAAUAUUGAAUCCGAUGUGAAUAACACAUGCUGA